AUGCGUUGCACCCUGCCGUGCCAUUAUCCCGCCAAUGUCAUAUCCGCUUCAUAUUGUUAUUCUUUGUGGGUUUUUUCUUUCUUUUUUACUUCUCAAUGUCUUUUUCCAUUUCUCUUUCUUUACUCCUUGUUACUUAUCUUUCUCUUUCUUUUCCUCUUUAUUUUACCCUUUCUCUUUCUUUUCCCCAUUCUCUUUCUUUUUCCUUACUCUUUCUUUUCUCUUUUGAUUUCUUUUCCCUUUCUUUUCCCCAUAUUCUUUCUUUUCCUCUUUCUUUUCUUUCUCACUUUCAUUUUCUUUUCCCCUUUCUUUUUCUUUUCCCCUUUCUUUUUCUUUUCCCCGUUCUUUUUUUCCUCUUCCUCUUUCUUUUUCUUUUACUUAUCCCUUAUUUUUCUUUUUCUUUUACUUAUCCCUUAUAUUUCUUUUUUUUCUUUUACUUCGCCCUUUCUCUUCAAUGAGUAUUUCUUUCUCUCUUCUCUCUGGUUAACCUGUCAUUUUCCCCUACGAUAUUCUGUUAAUUUCACCUCUCCCUCUCUCGCUCAUUCCACGCUUUCUCAUCUGAGCCUCGUUUUCAUAUCUCUUGUAUCGUCCUUUUCUUCUUCAUCUACAACAACCUAUUUCGGUUUCAUCUUCUUCCCCUUCGUAUACAUAUCGCUUCUUUUAUGGUAUCGGCCUUUUUUCUUCCCCUUUUUUUUUCUCUCCUGUUUCUCUCCAAAAUUCGGUUUUCCUUUUCUUCGCUUUGUUUUGUCCAUUUCCCGAGUCUCCGACAACUUAUUUAAUUCUUCAUCCCUCAUUUUGAUUCUCGGUCGAAUACCUCAAUUUACGCUACUCUAUUUCGUAAAAAGGAUGACUGGACGACCGAAGAUUAGAAGUGGUUAA